AUGGGAAUUGGCAUAGUUAUAAGAGAUGAAAUGAGGGAAGCACUAACAGCCUGCUGUGAUCAAAAGAAAUACGUGCAACACCCUGCAACAGCAGAGUGUAUGGCACUUUGGAAAGCUAUGGAGAUCAGUAGAGACCUUGGUUUUCAUAGAGUAAUUUUCGAGGGUGAUGCACAGAAUAUUGUGAGAGCUAUCAAUGAAGAUAAUACUGAUUAUCCAAGCUAUGGGAGUAUAAUUCACGAUGCCAAGAAGAUGCUACAACAGCAGCAAGGAUGGAAGGUGCAGUAUGUUCAUAGGACAUCAAAUGAAGUGGCUCAUAAAUUAGCUAAGCAAGCCUUAUGUCUGGAAUCAGAACUUAUUUGGAUGGAAGUUAUGCCAACUUUUAUUUCUGAUAGAAUAGAUACGGAAAAGCAAUGUAUUGAUGACAUUACACAAAGAAGCUCGGAUGCUGAGGAAUUUGGAGGUCCCGAUGAUGGAAAUAAAGAAAACAGAGGUGCAAGUAGUGAGAUGGAGAAAGCCACGGCAAGGACAUUUGAAGCUGAACCUGGAUAG